GCCAAACUUUGAAUUACCCAUACCAUUUAAAAACCCUACUUUUUUUCUUGAUUUACUCUUAAACCACAAAAUGCCUACUACAUUGUCCUCAAAUGUUUCCAACAACAUUACAGAAUUUGUAUUAAAUGAAGGCAAUGGAGUAAAGGGUUUAUCAGAAUUAGGACUUAAAACCCUACCAAAACAAUAUAUUCAACCACUUCAAGAACGAAUUACUACUAGUACAAUUAUCGUCGAUGAUUCUAUUCCGAUUAUCCAUAUGUCCAAUUGGGACGAUAAUAAUCCUAUAAUUUGUGAAAAAAUAUGUGAUGCAGCUGAAAAAUGGGGAUUUUUCCAGAUUAUAAAUCAUGGAAUUCCCCUUGAAGUUCUUGACACUGUUAAGGCUGCGACUUAUCGUUUUUUCAGACAGUCUGCGGAGGAGAAGAAUAAGCAUUCUAAGGAAAAUUCAACAACAAAUAACGUAAGAUAUGGAACAAGUUUUACUCCUCAAGCUGAAAAGGCUUUGGAAUGGAAAGAUUAUCUUAGUCUUUUCUAUGUUUCUGAUGAGGAAUCUGCUGCCCUUUGGCCUUCUGCUUGCAGGGAUGAAGCACUAGAAUUCUUGAGAAACUCUGAAAUU